CUCAUAUUCAGGUCGAAUUGAGCAAUGAGCCUCCUCCGCCCCGUCGUAUUACACCCCGACCGUCGUUUCUUGAGAAUUUGGCCGACUCGCGUGAGAGACAGUUCAUGCUUGAUCGGAGGAAUUCCACGGAUGUGGAUCGAUAUUUCCAUGGCCCCAGAGACCUCGAUAAGCACUCGAAAUGGCCCAUCUUCCUGCGACUGCAUGGCAGUGUCAUGCCCCGAUUGGUCCUUCCGCUUCUUUGCGUCGCGCUUUGGUCGACUUUGAUUACGUGCAUUUCGAGAUUUGUUCAGAACCUUGGGAUCGAUAACAUUCUGUUGACCGUUCUGGGUUUCGUCGUUGGUUUGGCCUUGUCGUUUCGCAGUUCCACAGCCUAUGAAAGAAGAUGGGCGGAUGGACGGAAAUACUGGUCACUGCUGAUUCAAGUUUCUCGUAAUAUCGCUCGAACGAUCUGGAUCGACACUGCUGAACGGGAAGGAGAGGAAGGAAAGCAGGAUCUGCUGGGAAAGCUAACUGUCAUGAAUCUCAUCCUUGCCUUCGCCGUCGCCCUUAAGCAUAAACUGCGUUUCGAACCGGACGUCGGCUAUGAUGACCUCAAAGGCUUGAUUGGACAUCUCGAUACGUUCGCCAAAGAGGCACACGACAGGAACAACCUCAAGCCGCCCAGGAAGAGCUCGUGGAAGGCCGCUGGAGAGUACUUGGGAAUCUCAUUUGCCGAGUCCAACCCUAGAAAACUGAUCAAGCGGUCUAAGAAGCCAUUGGGUCAUCUUCCCUUGGAGAUUAUCAACCAUCUGGCAGCUUAUAUUGAUCGGUGUAUCGACAACGGCACACUCUCGUGCAGCCUGCAUCAAGGUCAAGCUAUCUCGGGGUUGGCUACCCUCAACGAAGUUCUCACAGGCACCGAACGUGUCCUGGAUACGCCUCUGCCGAUUGCGUACACUAUUGCCAUCUCUCAGAUUGCCUGGAUCUACGUUCUUGUACUUCCGUUUCAACUCUACACCACCCUGCAAUGGGUGACCAUCCCAGCUUCCAUCAUCGCCGCCUAUAUCAUCCUGGGUCUUGACACAAUCGGCAGUGAAAUUGAAAACCCCUUUGGCCACGACGUCAACGACCUACCCUUGGAUACAUAUUGCAGGCAGAUCGCCCUAGAACUGGACAUCAUCACUGCCAUGCCACCGCCCAAAGUCGAAGAUUUCACCACACGCGACGAGAACCUCGUGUUGUACCCGUUGAGUACCACUGGAUUUCCCGAGUGGAAGGACCGAAGUGUCGAGGAGAUUCGAUCUGCUUUGAGGACUAAGGUCGUGGCUAAUAUCCCGGUUUCUGCGUCGACGACUACCAUCUAUGGGAGUUCCAGGAGUGCCCGGAGCAAACAAUCCGUUUCGGUUUAGUCUUUAACAACAGCAAAAGACCCGAGG